UUUUGUGUGGGGAUAAUCCGCUUCUAUUACAAACACCUUUCGCCACCGUUAACCACCGCAAUCAGACCACCGUGUAGCCACCGCCGGCGAGCUGACCUGUCACUCUUCUCCAAAUUUAAUCAAUUUUCUCUCUCUCUCGUUAAUCUGCAAAUAAAUAAUUUUCACCGAAAUUACCGCUAAUUAAUAUAAAAUAUUCGUUAAUUUAUUUUCAGGCGGUGCCGAUAGUCUCGACAAAAGCAGAAAGUAUGAGUGAAUAUGACUCUCAAGAUGACAAGCCGUUGGUUUUUAGAAGGAACAGUGCGACUCCACAGCAAAAUGAGUCUAAUCCAGAAAUAACCAUUAUUAAACAGAAUGCAUCCAAUGUCAUGGAGAAAACAUUGAAGGAAGAAGGUCAGUCAAGAAGCAAUUCCGAGGAUUCUGAUGAUGAUAAGCCCCUUAGUGUUAAACUAUCAUCUGGAGCAUUGAAUGGAAACUCCCACCACAUCAGGAUGGGAUCCAACUUAUCCUGUCCCAGUCCUUACACAUCCCCAAAGCCAAGAAUAAUCAAAGGCCCAGAAGAUGAAAUGCUGUUGUCUUCAGAGCUCCAGUUAAAUGCAGGGGCAUCUAAUGCUGAGUCAUCUGAUUCCGAUGAAAGCAAACCGCUGGCAUCAGAACUUGAGGAGCCUUCAUCCUCAUUAAAUAAGAGACCUUUAAUUCAACCAAAAAUUUCUGACCCGUCUCCUUCAAAAAAGGCAAAGCUUUCAGAACCAUCUGCACCAACGAAUCGUAAACGAAAACAGCCGAAGGCAGAAGAAGCUGCUGCUGAUGAUGAUCUUCCGAUUUCUAACAGAAACAAGAAGUCUACUACGCCAGCCAGUAAAGUGUCUGAUAAGAAGAAAAGGCCAGAUGUUUCUGCUUCAUUGAACAAAGUAAAUAAGCAGUCUAACAAAGCGGAUUUUUCCAAAUCAUUGAAGGUCCCCCCUGGUUCUGGUGAAGGGCAGAAAUGGACAACCUUAGUUCAUAAUGGUGUCAUUUUUCCACCUCUCUACAAGCCCCACGGGGUGAAGAUGCUUUACAAGGGAAAUCCAGUUGAUCUGACGCCUGAACAAGAAGAAGUUGCGACAAUGUUUGCAGUGAUGCUAGAGACUGAAUACAUGACCAAACCAAAAUUUCGGGAAAACUUCAUGAGUGAUUGGAGGAAGAUACUCGGAGAGAAGCACAUCAUUCAGAACUUGGAAGACUGUGAUUUCACCCCAAUAUAUGAAUGGCAUCAAAGGGAAAAGGAGAAGAAGAAGCAAAUGAGCACAGAUGAGAAGAAAGCCAUAAAAGAAGAAAAGAUGAAACAAGAAGAGAAGUAUACGUGGGCCGUUGUUGAUGGUGUCAAGGAAAAGGUUGGAAACUUUAGGGUUGAACCACCAGGGUUGUUCAGAGGUCGUGGAGAGCAUCCAAAGAUGGGGAAGUUAAAAAAACGUAUAUUCCCAAAUGACAUUACUAUCAACAUCGGAAAGGAUGCCCCGAUUCCGGAGCCCCCAAUACCUGGGGAAAGAUGGAAAGAGAUCAGGCAUGACAACACCGUCACUUGGUUGGCAUUUUGGAAUGAUCCAAUCAACCCAAAGGAAUUUAAAUAUGUGUUCUUAGCAGCUAGCAGUUCCUUGAAAGGGCAAAGUGACAAGGAAAAGUAUGAAAAAUCAAGAAAGUUAAAGGAUUACAUAGAAGGCAUCAGAGCAGCUUACACCAAGGAUUUUGCCAGUAAAGAUAGCAAAAGGAGGCAAAUAGCAGUAGCAACUUAUUUGAUUGACAAAUUAGCUUUGAGAGCAGGCAACGAGAAGGAUGAUGAUGAGGCUGAUACAGUUGGCUGUUGUACACUGAAAGUGGAAAAUGUCGAAACAAAGCGACCCAAUAUUUUGAAGUUUGAUUUCCUCGGAAAAGAUUCAAUACGAUACCAGAAUGAGGUAGAGGUUGAACCUCGAGUUUUCAGUGCUAUUGAGCAGUUCCGAAGUGGGAAAGAAGGGGGCGAUGAUCUUUUUGACCAGCUCGAUACUAGUAAAUUGAAUGCCCACUUAAAGGAGUUGAUGCCUGGUCUUACAGCAAAAGUGUUUCGUACAUAUAAUGCAUCCAUAACAUUGGAUGAGAUGCUUAGUAGGGAAACUAAGGGGGGAGACGUUGCGGAGAAGGUUGUAGUUUAUCAACAUGCAAAUAAAGAGGUAGCAAUCAUAUGCAAUCAUCAGCGUACUGUUUCAAAGUCCCACAGUGCACAAAUGGUGAGAUUGAAUGAGAAGAUAGAAGAACUAAAGGGUCUCCUGAAAGAACUACAAGAAGAUUUGACUAGGGUGAAUAAAGGAAAGCCCCCGCUGAAGAACUCUGAUGGGAAGCCGAAGAGAAACUUGAAUCCUGAAGCGUUACAAAGGAAAAUUGCUCAAACUAAUACAAAAAUUGAGAAAAUGGAGCGAGACAAGGAGACCAAGGAGGAUCUGAAAACUGUGGCACUUGGCACAUCAAAGAUUAAUUACCUUGAUCCUAGGAUUACAGUCGCUUGGUGCAAGCGGCAUGACGUUCCUAUUGAGAAGAUAUUCAACAAGUCUCUUCUGGCAAAAUUUGCUUGGGCUAUGGAUGUAGAUCCUAAUUUCAGAUUCUGACACUCAGUUAACUAUGAUUUAUAACCAAAUCAUAGUUUUUUUUUUCAAUCAGGGCUUGUCUCGAUUUCCUUUCAAAUUAACAAAAGAAUGGCAAGAAACCAUGGGAAUGAAUUGUAUGAUAUGCUUUUAACUUAAUUAGAAUUCCUUAUCA